AUGAGCUGUGGGCCAGCUUGCAUUCAAACCACCAACACCCAACAGGUCCUAUACAUUGACAGCCGCAAAAUAGAUGGCUCCACCCCAGCCACCCACCAAAUGGAAGACCUAGAGAUUGUUCCGUGGUACUCCUUGCUAGGUACCUGGCACCGCCAGGCGGGUACUGCCCACACCCGCCAGGCGGUGCCAGGUUUUUGGCAGAAAAAUAAACAGAUACCACCCCCACAUGUCCUUGUUGACUAG